AAUAGUGUGGAAAUCAUGAUGCUCCAAACAGUUGCCGCCGCCACCAUAUUGGCUGAUCACAACUCCAUCCGGAGGAGAUCGACGGUGGAGCUGUUCCCGCCGUCCUGGCGGAAGCUCUGGAAAGAAUGGGAGCUCCGCGCUCUGGUCUUGAUCAGCCUCUCCCUCCAGAUCCUCCUCAUCAUCUCUGGCAACCGCCGCCGGUUCAAAAGAUCCUCCUGGCUCCAAUUCACCACCUGGUCCGCCUACUUACUCGCCGAUUGGGUCGCCGCCGUCGCCCUGGGAGUCCUCCUAAACAAUCUCGGCGACCUCUACGAGGACGAUCCCAGCAAUACCAAUUCAUCCAAACCCAAUUCCGCCACCGCCGUUACCAUAAACCCAGAGACCCAGCUGACGGCGUUCUGGGCCCCGUUCCUCCUCCUGCAUCUCGGCGGGCCGGACACCAUCACUUCCUACGCGCUGGAGGACAACGAGCUCUGGCUCCGCCACCUGAUGGGCCUGGCGGUGCAAACCGGGAUGGCGAUCUACAUCUUCCUCCUCGCCUGGACGGUGCCGGAAUCUUCCCGGCUGUCGCUCCUCACUCUGCCGAUCUUCGCGGCGGGGCUCAUCAAGUACGGCGAGAGGACCUACGCUCUGAUGUCGGCGAGCAACAACGAGAGGCUCGAUUCGCUGCUGACGGAACCCGACCCGGGCCCCAAUUACUCGAAAUUCAUGGAGGAGCUCACCCUCAAGCAGUACGAAGGCUUCAAUGUGCAGGCCCAGGAAGUGCCGGAGUCGCGGGUGCUGGUGGUUGUGAACGACGAGGAAGGAAUGUCGAACCCGAAGGCUAAUAGGCAGGGGAAGGGAAGAGAUGAAACAGAGCAGCUCAUUUAUGCACACCAACUGUUCGACAAAUUUAAACGCCUGUUCGUGGAUCUCAUCCUCAGCUUCCAGGACAGAGACGACAGCCAAUCGUUGUUCCAGGACAUCAGCUACCAGAAUGCGUUCAAGGUGAUCGAGAUCGAGCUUGGGUUCAUGUACGACGAGCUCUACACCAAGGCUAGAAUCAUCUACACCACCAUGGGCUACUGCUUUCGCUUCGUCACUCUAUCGAGCACCUGUGUUGCAUUGGCGAUCUUCUCAGCGUCAGUUGGGACCAAGCGGCCGUACAAGAAUGACAUGGUGGAUGUGGUCGUAACGUUUCAAUUGCUGGCCUCUGCCAUUUUCCUCGAGCUCUACGCGGGACUAUCGCUGGUCUCUUCGGAUUGGAUGGAUCUACUUCUGGUUGAACACAAGAUAUCAGCUUUACUCAGAAAGUUCAUCAGUUUCGUCCAAAUGCCUAAGCUUCCCAGGUGGUCCAACUCAAUGGGGCAGUACAACUUGAUCAGCUUCUGCCUCAGAACCAAGCCAAAACUCAGCCAAGAAGUGACCAAAUCCCUCUGGAUAGACAAACUGCUGGAGACCCGUCACGAGACUUCGCUUGCUGUUUCUGAGGAGUUGAAGGAGUUCAUCUUCGACCAUUUCAAGGACAAGUUUCUGUAUCUAAAGCAGAGAUCAAAGGCCAGUACUAGUGGUGGCGGUGACGACGAGCUAGCAAGGUACCAGAAAGAGCUCAAAUCUGUAUGCACUUGGAGAGGCAACCGAGUUCUGGAGCGAAUGAACCACCAAGACCUGUUGCCUUGGACCGUCGACCUCGAGUUCGAUCAGAGCAUUCUGGUGUGGCACAUUGCUACAGAUCUCUGCUACCAAUUGAAUCCUUCGUCCGAAUUCGAAGUACACAGACUGCGGGAAAAGAGCAAGCAACUGUCAGAGUACAUGAUGUACCUAUUGGUCACUCGCCCAGUGAUGCUGCCGAUGGGGAUAGGGAAGAUAAGGUACAUAGACACCUGCGCGGAGAUCAGGAAGGUGUUUCAGGACCACGAAGCUGUCGCGGGGAGAAUCCGAGGCUAUGGAGGUGAAUCGAGGAACCCAUAUAAGUGGAUCUUUGAUCCAAGUAAGCUGCUGGAUGGUGAGAGUGGGGCAUCGUCGUCGUCGUCCGAGGCAUGGGAAGUGCUGUUGAAUGUGAACACAGGAGUGCCGGCGGAGAGAGUGAAAGGAGAUAGAUGCAAAUCGGUGUUGUUCGAGGCUUGCAGGUUGGCUGAGAGGCUGAGGCAUGGGGUGACGGAAGGCGAGAGGUGGGAGCUGGUGAGCAAUGUGUGGGUUGAAAUGCUUGGCUUUGCUGCUAGCCAUUGCAGGGGAAGUUACCAUGCUCAGCAUUUGAGGUUGGGUGGAGAGCUUCUCACCCAUGUUUGGCUGUUGAUGGCACAUUUUGGGAUCACGGAGCAGUUUCAGAUAUCAAGGGGGCAUGCCAGGGCUAAGCUAAGCGUGAGAUAGAAGGAAAUUUCAUGUUUUUUUUUAACUAUGAACAAUAGUAAUGUAUGGAAACCCCUGAAAAAUAAUUGGUUCUACAAAUUUGUUUAUUUACGUAUUAACAAUUUUUUCAGAUUGUUCACAGAUAAUGUAAAGGAGGAUGAAUUUCGUAUUACUGAAAUCGAGAUAUAAUAAGUAAUGAUAAAUGUUCAAGUCUUCAAAUCAUAGUCGCUCAUCGAACACUCC